UUCAUUUAUCGAUUGACCGAACUCUUGAACUUGACGAUGGCACAGGAAACAGCUGAUCUGUCACUUCGUACGCUGUUCCGUGGGAAAAUUUGCCGUACGUAGUCUUUAACGUGGUCCGUCGAUUUUGCUUGCGUUUCAAAUCGUAACCAGCCAGUCAGCCAGAAAUGUAUUCACACUGCGACCACGACGACUGUUCAUUGAAAUGCAAACACACAUCGACCGCCUCGCAGUCCAUGGACGAAAUGGACUUCGACAGGGGCAUAUGGUCGGCGGCGAUGUACGGCGAAAUCGAUAAGAUCAAGAAAUGUCUGGACAAAACCGACGUGAACACGACGGACAAAUACGGUUUCACCGCCCUGCACUACGCCGCCAGGAACGGCCAGCUCGAGGCGUGUAAAUACUUGGUGAAACGUGGAGCCAAUGUCAACGUGCAGACAAAGGAGCUGAGAGCCACACCUCUUCAUCGAGCCGUGUCUGUAGGACAUCAAGCUGUAGUUGAAUAUUUGUUGAGCGUCGGAGCUGACGCAAGCAUUAGGGAUUCGGAUGGGAAAUUGGCGGUGGAUAGAGCCAAGGAUAACGGGCGGGCAACAAUUAUGGCAGUGUUGCAGGGAAAUAAAACUUAGUAUUGGAAAAAUGUAAUACCUCUUUAUUAUAAAAUAAAAUAUCACAUAUUUAAAAAUAAAAAGAU